CACAGUGGGACGCACACGAAGGGGGCGUGUGCUGUAUAUGAACUCCAGAAAUUGCUGGAGUGUUUUCUAUAGAGCUACACUGCUAUUUUUCUCCAUUGCUCAGUAUAUCCCCACUGUCAUACAGACACCAGAGCUGGGCUACAUCUACAGGACCCCCGGGCCACAGAAUAACAGCCCACUCAUUCAUCUGAAGAGGACAAGACCACAGAAGACUCAACCAAAGACAGCCUCAUAAGUUAGAAGUCAGACAGCAUUGGCGUGCAGUGAUGGGGGACUGGAGUCUUUUGGGUAAUUUUCUGGAGGAGGUGCAGGAGCACUCCACAUCAGUGGGGAAGGUGUGGUUGACCGUGCUGUUCAUCUUCCGUAUCCUGGUGCUGGGCACAGCGGCAGAAUCGUCGUGGGGCGACGAGCAGUCUGACUUCAUGUGUGACACACUACAACCCGGUUGCACCAAUGUCUGUUAUGACCGAGCUUUCCCCAUUGCCCAUAUCCGCUACUGGGUGCUACAGAUCGUCUUCGUAUCAACACCGUCACUCAUCUACAUGGGCCAUGCCAUGCACAUCGUCCGCAUGGAGGAGAAGCGGAAAUGGAAGGAGCAGGAGGAGAAGGGUGAUGAGGACAAAGGAGAGAAGCAAUAUUUGGAACGGAAAGAGAAAGCCGAAGAUACAAAGACAAAGAUCCACCUAAAGGGGGCGCUGCUGCAGACGUACGUCCUGAGUAUUGUGAUCCGCUUGGUCAUGGAAGUGACCUUCAUUGUUAUCCAGUACAUGUUGUAUGGAAUCUUCCUGAAUGCUCUGUAUCCUUGUAACAUGUCACCUUGUCCCAACCGUGUGAAUUGUUACAUGUCCCGUCCAACUGAGAAAAACAUCUUUAUUGUGUUUAUGCUGGUGGUGGCGGCUGUUUCACUGCUUCUGAGCGUACUAGAACUGUACCACCUUGGAUGGAAACAGUGCAAGCAAUGCCUUCGAAAAUAUGCUGACAAACACGCCAAUGAUGUCAAUGGCAAAAACACCAAAGUUGGUUCUAUAGUCCUACACAGCAAGACAAGUAUUCCAAUGGAUCUGCCUGAGAUGGCUCAGCCACAUCCCUCCCAAACCUGCACCCCACCCCCAGAUUUCAACCAGUGCCUAGCAUCAAGCCAAGGUCCAACAUCACCCCCGCAUCUUCAUCACCACCAUCUUCAUCACAUCCACAAAACCUGCCAGCCCUUCACCAACCGCCUGGCCCACCAGCAGAACUCCGUCAACAUGGCCACCGAGCGGCAUCAUCACAGCCACGAUGAUCUUGAGCCGGCUGUGGACUUCCUGCAGAUGAGCUACGAGAGCCCUGAGGCUCGAGUACCGGGUGAGAUGACACCCAGUGCCCCCUCCACACCAUCCUCCCAACCAGGCUGCUUCAAAGACAAGCGCCGACUUAGCAAGACUAGUGGUACUAGUAGUAACCGAGUCAGACCAGGUGAUCUGGCCGUGUAGGUUUGGUUAAAUGAUCGUCCCGGAGGAUAAGAAGCUGGGAGUGUGAACUAGCCUUAAGAAGAGAGAUAUGGAUGUGAGGGGUGUGCAUGCUUGUGUGUGAAUGAGUAUUCUUGUGUGUUGGUACUAUAUAGGAUAUUUCACUUAUUUGUGAUAAGAAAGGCUUAAAUAUCAGCAUGAAUCAGAAGAUAAUGGAAAUGUGUAGGACAGAGAGUGAAUCUGUAUCAGAGCAUUUAAUAUGGUUUCAUUGAAACUGUUGUUGUAAGUGUAUGUAGAUUUUUAUAGGGUGGAUCAAAUAAUCUUAAAUAAAAGGGUGUUGAUAUAUUUAGACGAAUGGAUGGAUGGAAGAUGAAAGGACUACUAAAAUAACUUUGCAACAUUUACAAGAGAGUACAGGGUAGUUUUGCACACUGAUAAGGUUCAUAGUGUAAGAAAAAUAAUGUUUAUUUAGUUCUUUGUUUUUUGCAAUUCAAAACACUCCAAUCAAACACUUUU